UUGCUGCUGCCAGUCCGUCCACGCCAGUGCACGCGAUAAGCGGUAGUUUCUCUUCGACCGGGCAUCACAACGGACGGCCGCGUACAUUUAUUCUUCGGCUCGCGCCGUGAUACUUCGGGGUGGGGUGACGUGUUUUUCUUCCGUUGCGAUUGCUCCCGCGUCCGCGUGGCCCAGUUAGAGAAUCGUUUGUGAUCGUUGCAAAUACACAGGUGGCGCAAUGUUUGCUGGCUCGGCCAAGUUGCUUUCUCGGAGGUGAAGAGUUUGAGAUCGAUUAUUGAGUUCAAGCGUGUCCAGGGGCAGUGCUCAGUGUUGUACCGUGCUUGGGACGCAAUUUCCGUCCUUCGUGAGUAAUUGGGUGUGUGAAGUGUGUAUCGUACGGCGUGCGGAAGCAAUGUGUCUCUAAUGCGAUGGUGUGGGUGAAAAAUAUAAUUUAGAAAAGUGUACUUCACAGUGAUUGCGUUCGGGUUUGAGUGAUGAGUGGCGGUUGCGGUGCAUUUUAGUUUUGUAUUGUUCUGGUUUCCAUGACCUAACAGUGUUAUAUCCUAAACGUCAUCUUCAAACUUCCCUUUACACAACCGGUUUCCUUCCAUCAACGGGGUGCUUUUCAAGAGCCCAUCGAACCGCGAAAGGAUCAACCAACCGCCAAACGGUCGAAAAGUGAUUCGUGUGAUACCCACCCAGUGUUUGCUGCGGCUUCUUUUGAUACAGUUCCUACCGGUUUCGUGUUUCUUUUUGCGCCUUCCACAGCUAUAAUAGCGGAGCAGAUUGUGCCGGCAGCCUAAUCUGUCUUCCGGAGUAUUUAAUUACCCGGAAACCGGGGCAUCCGUCUGGUCCGGUCGAUAGCCAUCGUAGUGCGUCUAGGAAUGCCUUCCUUCGAAUUAUUUAUUUAUUUUUCCAUUCACCUGGCAAGGUGAUUGCGAGCGGAAAAAAUGCACCUCAAUGGGUGGAAUUUGCACAACCGUCUUACGGCAUUCCAUGGCGCGGGAAUACGUGCGUUACGUGAGUUCGUUUACUGUGUAUGUGUGCAAAGAGAAAGCGAAAGAAGAACGCGCGUGUGUGUGUGUUUAACUUAGGAAAGUACCACAAUUCUACCACGGACUGAUUGAUAUGCAUAUCAUUCAUAUGCGUACGGUUUCGCCUAAAUCCCUUGCGGGGAAAAAUCACUUACCGCGCGCUUCGCUUCAUUGCCUCCCCUUGCAUUAACGGCGGUAGGUGAAAAGAUGAGUUUAAAAGGUAAAUAACAAAGGGUAAGCCACACAAGUCACGUCAAUCAAAAAGAACAAGUCAGUUCGUUAGAAUGUGAAUAACGCCCCACGUCUCAUUCGUUCCGGGAAUGAGCUUAGACCCAAUCGUACCGCGGCCAAGAAAAAGCCGAACAAACAACAAGUGAAAGUGAAAGUGAAAGGAUAUAAAUGCGCAAAACAUACGCAAACAGUAUCGCAAAGUUAGUGUACACAAAGGGCCAGUUGGCAGCCCGGUUCCGCACGUGGUACUAUGUGGUUUGUUGAUUUUACUGACAAAAGCCUUUCGGCUUAUUGGGUGCUGCACACUCCGUUCGGGGUUUUGUGGUGAAUCGUCUUCAAGAAAAUGGUGACGAAACAUCGUUCCACGUCGUUACGAAAUAACAACAGCCGAUACAAAACCCACCAACCGCCCAGAUCCGUCUCCGUGUGAUUGAAUCAGACCAGGGCGGCACAACAACAAGUGGGGCCGACGGCGCCAAACAAGGUGGUGUGAAUAGUGAAUGCGAAGCCGCUACCACAAAAACGCAUUAGUGAACAUGUGCACAAGGACAUCGCGUUGCUGUUGGUUCGGUGGGCCCGGCUGGAAAAGGGUGCUGUGCUAUCGCUGCGUCUGCUUCCUGUACGCGCUGAUUGUGCUGGGAAUCGUGCUGCUACCGGCCCCAGUCGAGUCGGGCUGCAGGCGGCUGGUGCGGAAACCGUGCGAAGCGAUCUGUGUACGCAGGACGCCCGACGACGUGCCGAACGCUGGUCGGCGGCUACCGAUCGGAACAAAUCCGACCCGCUUCGCCGCGGCAGAGGGUAACGUGUCUUUUCCACUCUUGGCCACCGCCACCGGGUGGACCUGCGAGCUGCGGAUCGUGGUGAUCAUGCCGGCAAACACGAGCGUGGAAGCAUCACUGCCGCGCGUGCAGCCCGUGCUCGAGAAGGCGGAAGGCUACAUCCGCCGGGAGGGCAUUAUACCGGCCGACGUAGCCAUUCGCUGGAUCCCGUUCGACGAUCGGUGCGAACAGGCCCGGGCGACGGUGAUGGCGAUGGACGGUACUGGCAGUGACUACUGCGGGCAUCUCAUACUGGGACCGAGCUGUGAUUUCGCUUUAGCGCCUGUUGCAAGAAUUGCACGAUACAUCUACAAUGACGGAAUUCCGGUGAUCACCGGAGCCGGAUAUACAUUUGACUUCGAGGAGCCAAAGACACACUGCGAAAACGAGUUUCAUAUGCUUAUUCGUACGGGGCUGGUCAGUUUCAAGCGGAUGGCGUUCUUCAUGAUAGAACUAAUCCGGCACUUCAACUGGAACCGCGUGGUUUAUUUCUACGAACGGCAGAGCUACUACAACGUGGCCGGACCGCAAACGGGCCACUUGCUGAUGAACACGAUGGCGGAGUUUUUCCGCCACGAAAACAUUACCUACUCUCCCUUCUCCACCGACUCGGCCCGCACAAACCUCACCGAGAGUCUGAAGGAAAAGGUCGGCCUCAGCUAUGCAAGUAAGUUCCUUCGCAAAACUUUUAGGACGUAAGGUUUCUGUUCGAUCAAUUUGUACUUUUGAGGGUGUGAGCUCGUGUGUCGUCUGAAACGUGCUUCUUGCAACAUAAAAGAAGGUUCGAAGGGGAUCCCUCUUUUACGAAACGAUGAGGUAAGGUUUUUUUUACAGUAUGUUGAAAGACAGGUUCCCAACGCUUUUCAGCACUUUAAUUAUACUGAACCUUCUUGGCAGCCAAAGCAAUUUCGUACCAUUAUACGAUGUUAAAGUUACAGCCUUUCUUUCAUCUCAUCAUUUCAAAUUUCUUUAAAGCAAUAAUUUGCUAUCGUUACUGUGCUUAGGAUGGUUUACAACAUUGUUCUCAAUGUUAUCUUGAACCUGAAUUUACAAAUUAUUCAUAUUUUCUUGAUCUACACUCGAGGACACUGCAACUGGACAUAUUUUGUAUGAGUUUCCAUUCAUAAACGAUACUAGUAGAGCUAUAAAUAUUGCGUGCAAUUUUAUGUAAAUGCUUGGUCAGCAUGGACAUGGCCAGCAAAUCUUCUUAUCGUAUGAAUAUAAUUCUAUCACUGAAACCACAUUAAACUGGCCACGUGCUGUACAUUUUUAACAAUGUAAACAAGCGUUGUGGAGAACUAAAGAAAAACACGCAAAUUGUACGCCGUCAGCACGAAGGAAGCAGAAACGUAGAAUAUGCCAAUGACGAACCAAUGUUGAAGUUUCCGUGGCUUAGAAUCAUAUUACAGUCCCUUAGGAUGGGAGGAAAAGGUGAUCAUGACGAAGCAUUGAUUAAAAUUUAAUGAAAACAUUGCUCCACUUUACUACACCUCCAUGACCACAGGGAAUUCUUUAGAAGUAAACUUAAUCACGGUCUUUGCUACGUUGCUUUAAAAGUCUCGAUUUUGACCAUUUGAUUCUUGAUUAAAUUUAAUAUUUUCAAUUUAAAUUGAACAGUGCAUAGAGCUAUAACUAACUGAAUUGCAACAAUUACUUUUUGAAUGACUAAGGUUACCGUUAAAAUAACACUGUACAUUGUUUCCAUGUUACCUAUUAGCAAUACAAACAAUUUUGGUGAAAAGGUUCGAAUUUAUUUGGUUAGCAAUACAUAUUUCUUAAAGAAAUUGUUAUCCAGAAUAUUUAAAUAUUUCUUUAAAAUUACACACUUAAUAAUUUUCCUUUCCAAGCAAACAAGAACUGAGAUCUUUAUUCUGCUACCCCUUGACAUGGCAACUGUCCAUUAUGUCAUUCGAAUUAUCAUUAUUCGACUCACAUUGCAUUUAGCCGCGAGCAGCUCAUUGACAGGCUCAGCAGUUACCUUGGCACAACGGGCUUACCAGGAAUCGCCAGUUGCUUAUUAUAGAAGCUUCCAGCGCGAAGAAACGCGAAACGAAACAAGUAAAAGUACUUGCGCGCGGAUCCUUGAAAAGCUAACAACGCAUACGCCGUUUUCGUUACGCCUGCAUACCAUUAACAAGACAAAGCAGAAGAAUAACGGUGUUCCCUGGCUAGCACCUUUUCGAUCUGACCGUCGCGAACCGGUGUCAUAAAAGCCACCAGCCACCAGAGCCACACCAGAACCAGUUGCCUCCCAACGGCGACGGGUGCCCUCGGCUUUGGUGGUCGGAUGAAACUUUCGAUUUUUAUUAUAAUACCUUGUGUUACCGCACCACUACUGUCCGAUUGUGUCCGACGCGUCCGCUUAGGGUCAACCUGGUUGGCGGUUAACCAUCUUUCCUCGUCCCCGAGACGGUGGUAUCAUAAAAUCGCUAACAAAAAACAACAUCCGCAGAUCGCUAUUUAUCUUCCAUGAAGAUGACAAAUCUCAUACGGUUCGGGUAGGGGGCGCCAACGGUAGCGAAUGCGUUAUGCUAUGCACCCGGCAAAACGAUCCUCGUCUCGCGGUGGUAGGAGUUUAAACGGAAAAGAAACACAGCCGAUGCUGAUAUAACCAGCAUGUCACGCGGGGAUCCAGCACAAAAAUAUAUGCCUACAACCCAACAACCGAAGAGAGCACAGAGGGCUGGACGACGAGAAGAAAAACAAAACCGUCUGUCCACCUCCAAAACCAUAGCUCUGCACGACCGUCACGCACGUGGUUGGCCUUGAAAGCAUAAACAUAAACCGAACCGCGAACUCUGGAAGGAUGGAUCGAGCCAACGGUGCUGAGAGGCAAAGAUUCACGGAGAGUCAAUGAUUGGUGCGUUUGUUGUUGCUCUUGGUGUGAUUAGUGAUUCGAUUGUAUUCAUCCGAGUGAACGCACGAAGAUCUCCGGACGAUGAACACAUUACGCGAAGCCAGUGAAGCUCAAUCGGAUGAGGUUUAAAGAUUAUUAUGAACGUUUCAUUACAACACAAAAAGCGUGCAGUUUCCUUGGUGUUUGAAGGUUUUGAUGAUUUUUUGGAUAACUUGUAUGUGUUGAUUUAAAUAUCUUUUGUUUGAAAACCAUUUUUUAUUUGUAGAAUGAGAAAUGCAACAGGCUUAUAAAUUUGAACACAUAUGCACAACAUACUAACGUCUUAUGCUUAUUUGGAUAAUUUUUUUGACUUUGGUAAUCUUUUAUUGAUUAGCUAACUUUAUAUCGAUAUUUGUGUUACACAAAAGCUUUUGUUUUUAUUAAAAAUGUAAGAAACAAUCAAAUGUUGUUGGAGAUUGGUAAUAUCAGUAAAGUAAGGUGUCAAUGUCGUUAAGAGUACGGCAGUAGCUGAUCUCAACAAAAUUAAUCAACAUUUUGAAGAGAAAGAGUUUGUUCUUUCAGUCAGUCAGUUUAUUCUUUCUCUUAUUCAGGACAACAAUUUUAGUUGUAGUAUGCUUGUCUUAAAUCUGCUAAUCUGGCGAAUAAGGAGUUCGUUCCAUGCAAUGGUUGAACCCUUGCUAUAUAUGUUGUUAAGUCGUACACUUGGUGAUUGUACUACUUUGUCUUUUUCUUCUUUGGAACAACAACCGUUGUCGGUCAAGGCCUGACUGUACCACUAGUGGAAUUGACUUUCAGUGACUUACUGAUUACACAUAACAGGAUAGUCAGUCCAACGUAUGGGGCACUGUCCAUUCGGGGCUUGAACCCAUGACGGGCAUGUCAUUAAGUUGUACGAGUUGACAACUGAUGACAGCUAGACCGACCCAUUGUAUUACCAGGACCGGAUUGUAAUACGGGAUAGGGAAAUAUAUAUUUUUUUUAAACAACUAACAGUCACUGACAAUUGAUUCGGGUUGAGCACCCCUUACACCGAGCGUGAACCACACUAGCCGGUGACUAUAGUAGCAGAGAGAUGCCGGCCGAAGCCAAUCAGUUUCGUUCGAAAGGGCAACGGAAACGGUUCGAAAUUUUGGCAGCAAAAUCGCUACCACCCCCAAAACGUAUACCAGUGACGCGAGCGAUCGGCACAGUUGCGUUCCAAUUUCAGAUACUGAUAGGAGUAUACCGAGCAUCAGCGCAUCACACCGGAGGAGAAGCGGUGAAAACGUCACGCAAAUGUUAAUGACAGGCUGGUGAUAUCAGAACAGUUUCCCCCCCCCCCCCCCCCUUUGCCCCAGGCUGACAAGCGCCGAAAAGGGUUGAAAUAGAUCGUGAAGCAGAUGUCUGGUCGUGGUGAAUCAGUGAAGCGUACAGUAUAAACAGCUCGCCUUUGCAAGUGCAAAACAUCCGGGAGUGUACAGUGGUAGUGUUGUACCGUGUUCUCGAGCGCAGCGAAUUGGU